AUGCUGCAACUGCCGCAGCCGGGCUCGUUCUCCUCGUUUCCGUCGGCGUUUGCCGCAUUUGCGUCGCAGUUGCAGUCACCACAUUUUCAGUCACUUCUACAGUCACAAGUGGCUGCUCUACAAUCGCAACAUAUUGCGGCGCUACAGACGGCUGCCAGUACCACGUCAUCGGAGUCGAAACCUAGAGUGAACUCUGACUACGUGAUGCCUCGGAAACGGGUUGGCGGUUCGACCAUGAAAACCGCCAAGGUGUGGCGAUUCUUCGACGAAUUGCCGACGCCCGAGCAAGCGGCCGAAUGUCGACUGUGUCGGAAAAAGAUCAAAGCCACCAACAGCAGGUUUUUCUCGUUCCAAUCUCUUCACGUUUUUAUUGACGGGUUUUUCAUUCAACAUUUCGGGAAUUUUUCAACGGGCGCUCGUAAUUUGCGAUAA